GGCUGCAGUCUGAAGAGUUACACAUUCAACCUCUCGCAUUCAUGGAAGGAACAAAGAAACACUCAGUGGAAGAGCUGGGCGAGCUGUCGGGGAAAAUCUCGGAGGAAAUCACUUUAACAUGGUCUAUACACAAGCUCUCGUGUUCGGUAACGGGAUGUCCGUCAGGAGCGAGCUGGAAACCCUAACGUUAGCUGAGGACCUGAGCUUUCUACAGCACUUCAGACCAGAUAGAGACAAACUCAAACACUGUGGCAGACUCAUGAAAGCACACAGCUCAUCAAGUCUGGGAUCUGAGUGCAGUUUGGAAGAGGAAGGAGAAGAUGCGUGUCUUCAAUUCGACCUGGCCAAACGCAUUGAGAAGUGCCUCUAUGAGGCCAAAGAAGCCAGUCUGAGCUGCCAGGAGCUGCGCCUGCCCAGACGCAUGACCGCACGUGUGGCCGGAGACAUCCUGCGCUCAUCCACAGAUGAGCCGUGUGGGAUACGAGGUGCGCUGAUCCAUUUAUUCAUGGAAAGCAAGGGAACACUACUUAAACUGGGCACCGUCAUUCCCGAUCGGAGUCUCACACCCACUUUUGAGGUCUCCGUGGUGCUGCAGCCUGAUCUGAGCGGAUGGCCUCCACUGAAGAUCCUGUUCGGAAGAGGGAAGGUCUUGAGCCUCAGACGGGAAUAUCGGCUGAUCAAGCGGAAGCUCUACUCGUCUGCCACUCCCACUGUACUGGAGUGUUACUAAAAGUUUGGCAUUAAGAGUAAAGAGAAGAAGACAAUGCCUUAGGUCUUCGAGAAAGAGGACAACUUUAGGAAAAGCUCAUUUUGCACAUUACGAUUAUAACUGUUACAUUAGUGUAUUUCAGUUCACCGAAUAGUUGAUGAUAAUGUUCAGUUCAAAGAAAGAAUGUGAUAUUGUACAACUGAAAUUUCUAAUACUGUACGAGCAGCUGUUAUAAUACUGCAUUAUGUUUCCUUAAAAUAUCAUUAACAUAUGCAUAUACACGAUCAUUCAAAAGUUUUGGGUCUGUAAGAUUUAUACAUUUUCUUUAAACAAGCCUCUAUGCUCACCAAUCUUGUUUUAUUAGAUUAAAAAUAUAGUAAUAUUAAAAAUAUUAAAAUAAUGUUUUUAUAUAUUUUGAGACGUAUUUGUUACUUUGGCAAAGCUGCAUUUUCAGUCUGCAACCUUCAGAAAUCAUUCUGUUGAUUUGGUGCUCAAGAAACAUUAGCAUUAUUAUUAAUGUUGUAAACAGUUAUUGCUUACAAUUUAACAUUUCAUUAAUAUUACAUCAUUUGUUGAUCAGGAAGUUCAAAAGUACAGCAUUUAUGAAUAGAAGUAAUAAUUUCUUUCAUUAAAAAAAAAAAAAUCUCACUGACCCAGAGCUUUUGAACAGUAAUGUAGAUUCCUGUAUAACCCGGGAUUUUACCUUGUCAUAUCUUGAUGUUUGUGACAAACACUAUUGUCAGGUGACACGGCACGUGAGAUCAGAUCAUGUUUGUGUGAGUAUGAUGGGUGUGUAGAGACUCCAGAAUGUUCAGUUUCAGUUCUCACUAUUUAUUGUUUACUGAUGUUCAGGGAUAUAGGAAGGUUCACAUGGUGUAUGAAUCACGCCACUGAUACAUGUUGAUGUCUUUAAUGGAUAUUGAGUGUUUUUUUUUUUUUUUUGGGUGUAUGUGAGACUUUGAAAAGGACAGGCUGGUAUUGUCCUCCCAGUUAAGCAUUUGUACUAAUAUUUUUUGCUUUGAAGCACAAGUUGAAUAAAUUAUUCCUAAAACUAUA